AUGGACAAAUUUAGCAGAAGAACUGCACUUCUCCUCUUCUGGUUCAUCAUCGUCUCGCUUCAGAUACCAAAAACAAUUGCAGAAGAAGGACAACAGAAUGAGGAAGAGCAAACGUAUAUUACGAGGACAUUGUCUGUGCUGCAAGACACAGUCUCCAUGCUGCAGAAGUCUCAUCAAGCUGCCUGGGAUAAGAUGAAAACCACCAUAUCAGAUAUGCAAAUGCAGUUUAUGCCUCCAUCUUUAGAGGCAGAUGAUAAAAAAGACGAAACUGAAGAAGGCGCAGGCGAGAAGAUGAAAGAUGCAGCGCAGAAGAGUUUCGAAACAAGCAAACAUACAGUGGAGGAAUCAGCUAAAACAGCCGCUGAUGCUGUACACAAGACUGCGGAGAAGGUAAAGGAAGUUGUUACCAAUGAUGAGAGUAGCGCAGAGCUUUAA